AUGCCCUCCUGGCUCAAGAACAUUGUCUCACUUGGUCAUCGACGAAAGGGCUCCACCACUGCCCGAAAACAAGAUCAGAGCAGCAGCAACAGUCAAUCCGAUCCAAAGCCAGAUUCUCAACUGAAGGCGUCCUCUUCAAACGGACACAAAUCACAACCCGAAAGUCACCCAGACAAAGGAGUUGGUGAAAGCAAGAAAGGACAACCAAAGGAAGAUUUACCCCGCAACACCAAGAACAGCGAUCAACAACCCCGCGAUAGCGACAACAUGACCGCCGCCGCCGCCGUGUCGCCCACUAAAACCCCCGACAACACAUCUUCACAAGACCACAUCCACCUCAACAAGCGAACAGGAGAUCUCAUCCAAACAUCCGCUCACAAUGAUGGAGUCGGCGACAUUGAAAACUCGGCCAACGCCCUGAACCCCAACCAAAUCAUCUUCAUCCUCAAAAGUGAUGAUACUGAUACCAGCCACGGUGGUUAUCGCAUUUACUCGCUUCUCGAAGAGGAGCCAUCAUCUGCCGGCGCCGACGAGGACGGAGACGGGGAGAAGGCCAAGGCCAAGUUGAAGGUCAUCAAUGGCAAAACUGGCGAUGAUGGUCAUGAUGAGAAGUCAGCGAAGGCAAAAUCGCCGUUUAAACUCUCCGUUACAUGCGCGCAAAACCUGCCGGAGGAGUUGAAGGAGGAGUUUUUAGUUGCGAAGAUACCAGACCACUUGGCGAAUGUUGAUGAGUUGCAUGUGAUUGUCUCGACGCGGUCGGGGUUAGGGCUGGCGGCGGGGUUUUAUGAGGGGGUUCUGAAGAGGUUGUUGGGGGAGGGAUUUGGGUUUGUGGGGGUUGGUGAUUAUGUGGUUAAGCCGGAGGGUAAGGCAAAUGACCAAGAGAAGGAGGGAAGGAGUGGACAAGACAAGAGAGAAGGCGGAAGGAAAUAUCGCAUUACGGUGACCAAGAGUGCGGAUACUGUUAAGGAUUUUGCGAGGGGGUUGGUCUCCUCGUCACCACCAGCUGGUUCGCAAGGGAAACAACAGCAACCAAGCAGGACCAUCAUCCUCCUAUCCGGCGACGGCGGGAUUAUUGACUUGCUCAACGGUCUCGACCACCCAGAUCAGCACGGUGUGUCUUCACCACAGUCAUCAUCACCAUUACCACCACCCACCCCAAUCCUCGCCAUCCUCCCCCUAGGCACUGGCAACGCCCUCUUCCACUCCCUCCACAAGCCACUUUACAUACCAGAAGGCCCAUCACCACUAGUCCUCGGCCUCCGCACCCUCAUCAAGCGCGGCGUCUCCGCUCCUCUCUCGACUUUCCGAGCCGAGUUCUCACCGGGAGCUAAAUUGAUCUCCAGUCAGCCGGAGGUGCUUCCCGAUGACGAGGAACCGAAAGAUAAUUUGUUGUUUGAGGUUACCGACGCCAAAACCGACACCACCGAUACAAUUGGAAAGCAAGAAGAAAAAGAGAAGAAUGCGAAACCAAAACCCCGACCAGAAAUAUCCCACCUCCUAGGCGCCAUCGUUUUUUCGUAUGGCUUCCACGCCUCGCUAGUCUACGAGUCCGACACGCCUGCCUACAGGGUACACGGCGAUAAGCGGUUCGGCAUGGCGGCUGGGGAGUUGCUCAAGAUUUCGCAUCUGUAUGAUGCUUCUUUGUCUAUCCGCCGCCGCUGUACCUCUUCCUCCUCCUCCUCCUCCUCCUCCUCCUCCUCCUCCUCCUCCUCCGCAGCAGCAGGAACAGCAUCAGGAACAGCAACAACAGAAAGCAACUGGAAAUUGUUACCUCGCGAUUCCCACUCAACAUACAUCCUAACCACCCUAGUCUCCAACCUCGAAAAAACAUUUUGUAUUUCUCCUCACUCAAAGCCGUUGGAUGGACAAUUGCGGUUGGUGCAUUUUGGUUUCGGCGAGGACACCUCUCCCUCUUCCUCUUCCUCUGAAGAGAGGGGCAAAACCACGAUGGAUAUCAUGAUGGCUGCGUAUCGCGACGGUGAGCACGUCAAAGAUUCAGAGCAAAAGUUCAAGGGUGUGGUAGGCUACGAAGAGGUGGAGGAGAUCAAGGUCACGAUUAACGAGACGGAUGAGCGGUGGAGGAAAGUUUGCGUUGAUGGGACAAUUGUGGAGGUUGAGAGGGACGGAUGGGUUUCUGUUAGGAGGGAGGAAGGGGGAGGAGGGAAAGAGAGGUUGAGGGUUUUGGUUGAUGAAGGGGUUGUGGUUGGGAGGGGGUGA